UUCAAAUGUCCCGCCCGAUAACGAGGCACGCGCUCAUGCAUGGUAACAACGCGCGAUGACGCAAUCGCGAGAGGCUUGCGCGAAGCGACGAAACAGUUGGUACGCGGACUUCGUGUAUCGGCUGGUAUCGCUGUACGAAUCUUGGCAGAUUCUUUAGCCGUCCCGCCCGUUAAUUUUCUGUGUCGAUUUAUCUGUCGGCCUUCUUUGGUCUUUCUCAUGAUGGAGAAUGAAACGCAUCAACCCAGCGAGAUCGCGAAAACGACGGAUCAUCAGGUCUACAAGAUCCACAGCUCCGACGACUUCAGCCGGAUCACCAGGGGUAUCAAGGUCGCGCGAUGCAUGCAAUCGUCGUCUUCAUUUGUGCCUGACGAUAAUGAACAGAUAUUAAGCCAGCUGGUGGUGUCUGAUUCCUUAUGUUGCUCCUACUGUAACACAGAGUUUGAGGAUAAGGUGCAGCAGAGACUCCACUACAAGCUGGAUUGGCAUCGUUACAAUCUGAAGCAACAUCUGAAUGGUUUAAAGUCAAUUAGUGAGGACAGUUUCAAUAAGUUAGCUGGCGAAGGCGACAUGUCUAGUCUGUCUGGUAGUGAGGUAGAGUCUGAGAACGAGGACGAUGCUGGUACUUCAGAGACUGGAACUUCGUCUGAGCAAACCAAGAACGAGCUACCAAGUAAGACUGGACUCUCCAGGUCUAGAAAGGUGUCAGAAAGACGUGGCAGGAUAAUUGAGUCGGAUAUUUCGGACACGGAGUACAACGAGGAGAUGUCCAAGGAGCGAAAACUGAAGAUCGUCGCGAGCCGUCACACCAAGGUGUUCUUUGAAAAUGACGAUGGCAACAUAUUCAGCAUCUAUCGGUGUCUGUUGCAUCACAAGAAGAAUAUUCCUGAAAAAGACACUGAGAUGAUCGCCCAGGCGCUGGACAGUGGCAAAAAGACCAAGUGGACGGUGAUUAUGGUCGGUGGUGGACAUUUCGCCGCAGCUGUAUUUCAGGAUGGUGAGCCUCUCGUGCAUAAGACUUUUCACUCUUAUACCGUACGAGCAAAACAAGGGUUUGCCCAGAGUUCUCGUACAAAUCAUGCAAAAAGCGCUGGUGCCAGUUUACGAAAGUAUAAUGAAGAAUCACUUAUUCGGCAUGUGCAAGAGAUAUUGGAAUCAUGGUCACUGCACAUCAAUAAUUCGUCAGCUAUUUUGUACCGAGCAGUCGGUCCGCACAAUCGAACCGUGCUUUUUGGUGGCAAGAAUCCUCCUUUAGAUAAGAACGAUUUUAGAAUAAGACCACUGCCAUUCCCUACUCGAAGAGCAACGUUCAGGGAAGUCAAGAGGGUGUAUGACAUUUUAAGCACCAUGGAGAUCUAUGGUUGCGCGGAGGAUUUUACCGACUGUUUCCCUAAUUCUCCGCGACAGCCCAUACGUAAGAAGGUCUCAAAACCGGAGAUUAUGAGUGAGAUACCUGAGGGAGAAAUUGCUACUGAACAUAAUUCUAACGGUAAUUCGCAGGAGAACGAUAAGAUUAAGGCACCCGCGCAAUCUACUCCGGAGAAACAACAUCGGAAUUCCCGUCCGCAUAUAGAUAGGGCGAAAUCGAGAAAGAGUCCAAAUCGGCCACUGCCAGAUAUUAUAGUUAGAUUAGCUCAAUCGUCCUCCGAAUCUGAAAUGGAUGCACAUUUUUCGUUAAAUUUCCCUCUAACUGAAGAAAAUUUUGAGGUAUCAUUUAAGGAGAAUUUACAAGCAUUUCAAGAUACUGUACCAAGGUACUUAAAGAACAAGAAAGCUUAUCGACAGAAAAAGAAAGUGAAAAAGGACACUCCAAUGAACAAUGAAGUGCUAUCGGAUGCUAAAACUAAAUUGUGGACUGCCUGUAAACAAGGCGAUAAUGAUUUGUUAUCAUCAGUCAUUAAUAACUUGUUAGCAAAAAUCAAGGCGUGCGAGGAGGAACAGGAGAAAAAAGAUAUUACGGACAACGAUUGCAUUAGGUCCAAUAAUAAUCUUGUGAACACGGAUGAUGUAGCGAAACUGGUUAAUGAUACUAAUGAGGAUGGCAAUACAAUGCUGCAUUUGGCGGCGCUUGGUGGACAUUGCGAGCAAGUAUGGCUACUGCUGGAAAUUGGAUCUGACCCUUGCAAUAAGAAUAAAAAACUGCAGACACCUUAUGCUGCUGCGAACGAUAAAAAGACUAGAAAUAUGUUUAGGAGAUUUAUGGAAGUUAACCCGGACAAGUUCAACUAUCAAAAAUCUCAAAUACCUGGGCCGCUCUCUGAUGAGAUAGAACAAGCGGAGAUUGAGAAGAAAAGACAGCAACGGAAGUUGAAGCGUUUCAAGGAGAAAGUUAAGAGGAAGGAAUUUGAGUUGAAAAAGCAGGAAGAAAACGAAAAACAAAGAUUCUUAAAUCUCAGCGAUAAAGAGAAGAGAGCUUUGGUCAUACACAAUCGGAUGUUGAACGAGGGAUAUACCGUGAUCUCGCGAUGUUUCCAGUGCGCCAUUGACAUGACUGAUAAGAAGAUAAAGACGAGAAGAGUUCUUGAUUAAUUUUAACAGAAGCAACUGAACUAUAAAAUUAUAUGAUGCACAAAGAAUUUUGAUGACAUAUGCAACGCAAUAUAAAAAGGUGAAUGAUAUGAUCAAAGGAUUGGAAGAAUUCUUUCAGGCUAUAACAAUGGAUUAUGUAUUUUGAUCUAUAUAUAAUCGGAUGUACACAGAUGGCACGUUUUUUUACAAGGUAUAAUGUAUUAUUCUAUGUAUAUUUUGACUAAUAUUUGACGUGUUUACUCUUGUGUAUUAAAUGUCGUACAUAUAGCAUAUGUAUAUAGGAGUAAAAUGACAUACUGCUAAAGAAAAGAAUGACUACUCAACGUUUACAUAUACAUUCGUACGUAUCGUAUGUAUAAAUACAGGGCGCUUAAGUAUAACAUAUUUCUAAUAUUUUGUUAUAAACAGAAGAAGAUAAAUAUGUAAUUCCAAGAAAAUUUGCUUGAAAAUAAUAUCAAAUAAUUAAAAAAUAGUUAAAAUUUUAAUAAAUUAUAUGAGUAUAUUAUGUAAAUAAAUUCACAAGGCUUACAUUAACAUUUUAAAAUCAUUUUCUACCAAAAGUUUUCUAACUAUUUAUAAAUGAUGUAUAAUAAGCAAGUUUGAUUAAAAGUAAAUAUCAGAUUAAAUUAGGAACUUUGACAUAUUAAUGAAAUUGUUUAAAGAAAUGUUACAUGGGUUGUUAAACAUCAAUAUUUAAUAAUUGAUUUGGAAAUAACAAAAUAGGACAAUGACUAAAUUUUGCAGAGGCAAUUCAUCAAAGGCACCCUAUAUAUAUAUCCAAUUGCUCUUAAAAUGAUGUUAAUGACUAGUAUCAUUAAAAAUGAACGUUCAGCGCGUUGCACGUUAUCCUAAAUAAAUUGAUUUCACGAUUAAUAUUACAAUAUAAUCGAAGAGAUCCGACACAGUUUUUGCAAGCAAAAAUAUCCUCUCGAGAAAUGAAGAGUUUGUACGUUCAAAAACAUUAAACGAUCUUGUAAGUUUUGUAACGAUGCAACGGUCGACAUCCAGUAAUACAUUGUGACUUUCCAUCGAUGUAUGUACAAGGUACCUAUCUUUACACUUAAUUCUUACAUACUUAGUCCAACAAGCUUGAUAAAAAUAGCGCACAAAAUACACAUUAUAUGCAGAACGAUCGAACGGUCUCACACAAUUGUUUGAAAAUUCGAAAAUUCGAGGUUUGAUGAGCUUGGUGUUGUGUGACUUUGAUGAGGAUCCAAAGAUUUGCUUUUCAGUAUCGCGAGUCUUUUCGAUCGUCCUAUAUCCUUUUUGACUUCUCCCUUGGACAUUAGAGAUAUGUACAAAGCAGAAAUUAUUUCAAAAGAUUGAUGUAGAGAAAAUUAGUAAAGCAUUGAUCCGAGUAUUUAGGCUGAAUGUAUGCGGAGUAUCGCGUAUUUCGUGGUCCUC